CGUCACCCGUCUCCGGGGUGACACCGGCCUUUGGCGCCCCGCCUCUCCUUCGCUAUUGGCGAGUAGGUGGAAGGAAAGCUGACGUCAUUGGCAGAGUCCCCCGUACCGGUACCCUAUUGGUUAGAGCGGUCCCCGCGGGCCGGCGGUGGCUCCUGUUCCCAGGGAGGAAAGUGUGAAGAUGGCGAAGACGUACGACUACCUGUUCAAACUGCUGCUAAUCGGGGACAGCGGGGUUGGGAAGACGUGCCUACUCUUCAGAUUCAGUGAGGACGCCUUCAACACCACCUUUAUCUCCACCAUCGGUAUAGAUUUUAAAAUCCGCACCAUAGAAUUAGAUGGAAAGAAGAUUAAACUCCAGAUAUGGGACACAGCAGGCCAGGAGAGGUUCCGCACCAUCACCACAGCAUAUUAUAGAGGCGCUAUGGGUAUUAUGCUGGUGUAUGAUAUCACCAAUGAGAAAUCUUUUGACAAUAUUAAAAACUGGAUAAGGAACAUUGAGGAGCAUGCUUCAUCUGAUGUGGAACGGAUGAUUCUCGGCAAUAAGUGUGACAUGAAUGACAAGAGACAAGUAUCACGAGAGAGAGGAGAAAAGCUUGCCAUUGAUUAUGGAAUCAAGUUUCUGGAGACAAGUGCAAAAUCUAGCAUCAACGUGGAAGAGGCAUUUUUUACUCUUGGCCGAGACAUCAUGACAAAACUCAACAGAAAAAUGAAUGAAAGCAGCUCUCCAAGUGGGGGAGGUCCUGUAAAAAUUACAGAGAAGUCGUCAAAGAAGAGCAGUUUCUUUCGUUGUGUGUUACUUUGAUGAACUGUAGCACAUGGAAGAAAGGAGAUGGACUGUGGCACACCUGAUCGAAUGGCUUCUUGCCAAGCACAGGUGCUGCAAAGGCCUCUGGGGGAAAAACCAUGCAGUUUGCUGAAAGCGCCAGAUAUGAGACAGUUGCCGACAUGGAUUUCUUGAGUGGAAGAUUAUUGUGGGAAGCCUUUUCAUACAGUUUGAAAGAAAACAUGGAAACAAGCAGACGAGUGUAAACAUUUUUUUUUCCUACUUUCAUUUCAUUUUGAAGGUGUCUUAGUCCUUCUUAAAGUGCACCAUUGUAUUUUCUUCCCUGGUCAGUGGCUGGCAUGGUUAAUCAAAUGUCUUUACAAAUUCCUAUGUAAACAUCCAUGAUCUACCAUGCCAUACCAUUCUAAUUUGUUUUCAAUUUAAAUCAUGUACUAUGACUGGAAGAAGCAGGGUGGCCUUAUUUCAUUCUCAGUGGUAACCUCUCGCUAUUUCAAGACCCGCUAAGCCUGUUUGCUGCCUGUGGACUUUGCAAUGCACUGGAAAGAAAGUGUUGAUAAUCACAAGGGGCAAAACAUGCGGGUAUAGCAUUGGAACAAAAUCAGAUUAGUCUGCAGAGUAGUGUUGUUGAUCAUGCAGGGUCACCUUCAGACCCCACACACACAUUCUGAAAUGUAGCCAUAUUAAAAGUUACUCUGAUGCAAAUAAGAUAUCCUCUGAAGAGCCGUUAGGAAUUGUAUAUUUGGUUUCAAUGUGUUUAGUGCACUUGACACUCUUUAGACCAUGCAUUGUAGCCCAAGAGGGAGUCAAUGUAGACCUCUCAUUUACAUUAGCUGCCACAUAUGACAUGACCCUUUGCAUUUUGCUUCCCUUAUUAAGCAAGUUAUCAUAAUCCCGCUCCAUGAAUUACCAUGUAAACAUGCCUUCCCAGACCCAAGAAUAAUUGCACUGUCCAUCAUCUGUCACCUGCUUCAAUGUGAAUAUCGUCAUAUUAUGUCCUUUGAUUGUCUGCCUAUGAGUGAGUGGUUUGUCCUUGUCUGUCUUUUGAGCCAACUGACUGUAUGUGUGAGUGAUAAUAAGCACAAGUUUAGGGGUUUGUUUUUCCCCUUGUAAAGCGUCCAGUAAUGCUAACAUAUGGAAGCAUCAACUGACCUGUCAUUAGAGAGGCAAUGACUCCCUGUGCUCUACCAUGGAUGGAAUUGACUG